GUGAGCAGCUGGAAUUCUGCCCCAGCUCUGGGAGGGCGCGGUGUACACGGUACGGUACGGUCUCUUAAAACGACUAAAACGCGGGUGAUCCAUGCUGGUUUUUAGGGUCAGAAAUCUUCACAGACGCUACCAUGUGCUCCUGUGCUUCAGUAUCGCCGGAGUCAUUAUCUACCACUUCUGUGGGUGGCCGCUCACCGUAGUGUGUGCCAGGGUCCAGCCUGGAGCAAGGACGAUGACAAGGCGAGUGGGCCUCAAGGCCAACGGGACCCAGCUGACCCUGGAAGGCAAAGCUUUCCGCAUCCUGGGUGGCUCCCUGCACUACUUCCGUGUGCCCAGGGCCUACUGGAUGGACCGCAUGCUGAAGCUGAAGGCCUGUGGACUGAACACUCUCACCACGUACGUACCCUGGAACCUGCACGAACCACAAAGAGGAGUCUUCGUUUUUCAGAGGGAGCUGGACUUAGAGGCUUACAUCAGCAUGGCUGCCGAAGUGGGCCUCUGGGUGAUCCUGCGGCCCGGACCGUAUAUAUCAGCCCAGUGGGACCUCGGUGGUUUGCCAAGCUGGCUUUUGCGUGACCGGUCCAUGCUGUUGAGGACCACCUACCUGGGCUUUACAGAAGCAGUCAAUUCCUUCUUCGACAAGCUCAUUCCGAAAGUGCUCCCCCUACAGUUUAAGAGAGGUGGCCCCAUCAUCGCAGUGCAGGUGGAGAACGAGUACGGCUCAUAUGCGAAGGACGACACCUACAUGCCCUUCAUCAAGGAGGCUCUGCUUUCUCGGGGGAUCGAUGAGUUGCUGCUGACAUCUGACACCCACGAGGGGAUGAAGCAGGGAGGCGUGAGCGGAGCACUCCAAGCCAUUAACCUUCAGAAACUGAGCCAUGAGGUCACAGAGUUCCUCGACAGCAGUCGGCCUGGGAGCCCUAAGAUGGUGAUGGAGUACCGCGUCGGCUGGUUUGAUGUCUGGGGUGAUCUGCAUCAUGUCUUAGGACCAGAAGACAUGAUCGCCACGGCGAGAAAGAUUUUAAAAAGAGGUGCGUCCAUCAACAUUUACAUGUUUCACGGCGGCACCAACUUCGGAUUCAUGGGCGGGGCAUCAUGGCACCAGGAGCACAAGCCGCAAGUCACCAGCUACGAUUACGAUGCCCCUCUCUCUGAAGCUGGAGAUUACACGGCCAAGUACCACCUCUUGAGGGACCUUCUCGGUCGCUACCAAGGCAUGCCGCUCCCCGACAUGCCAGUCCUUCGCGGACCGGAAGCUUAUGAGGCUGCCAUCACGUACUUUCACCUGUCCCUCUGGGAGGCGCUGCCGUUCACUGAGGAGCCAUUUAGAUCGGAGAGUCCCAUCUCCAUGGAGAACCUUCCUGCAAACAACGGCAAUGGCCAGUCAUAUGGGUACACGCUGUACGAGACCACCAUCGGCGAUGGGGGGGUCCUGAACUCCCAGGGCAACGUGCGUGAUCGAGCGCUGGUAUUUCUGGACAAACAGUUUCUCGGCAUGCUGACAUAUAGAAUCCUGGAGCUGGCAGUGCCUGAUGGAAAGGGUAUACGAACCCUAACCCUUCUGGUGGAGAACUGUGGUCGGGUGAGCCAGGGAGAACAGCUGGACAGACAGCAUAAAGGCCUGGUGGGGGAUGUUCUGCUGAAUGAGGUUCCUCUGAAGGACUUCACCAUCUAUAUCCUGGACAUGAAGUCAACCUUCGUUGACAGCUUACGAUGGGCACCCUGGAAGGUGCCCCCCUACACGCCCACCUUCCCGGGAUUUUUCCAAGGGAGGCUAUUCGUCGACGGUUACCCGAGCGACACCUAUCUCAAACUGCCAGGCUGGGGUAAAGGCGUGGUGUUUGUGAACGGGCAGAACCUUGGACGCCACUGGUCUGUAGGACCCCAGCAAAGUCUCUACCUUCCGGGGCCUUGGCUCAACAGUGGAGCAAACGAGGUUAUCGUGUUCGAAGAAGAGGAGGCUGACCUUAAAGUCCACUUUGAGAGUUCUGCAGAUCUGGGCAUGGCUGCUGACAUUUAGGGAAUCUGAGAGGCAGCAGUGACAUUGUUCCGGAGGGCAUUUUCCUACGCUUACGGCAGCUUUUAGUUGAUUCCAUUCUGAAAAUUGUGCAAACAGUUUUUUU